AUGCUGAACGACCGAAACACAACGACUACGACGCUUAUCGCUGGCACCUGGCUCGAUGAGAAGCUGGCAACGUCAGCGACCGAGGUGGCGGCAGCGGCGGCGUCGGCGGCGGCGACGUCAGCGGGCAUAAGCGACAAUGGCGUGUCGCCAGCGAUUGCUGACGAAUCGCUACGACCAUUUAUGGAAUCGUUAACGUUGGCCGCUAUUCUCCUGCUGUUGAUACUGUUCUGUGUGAUCGGGAACGUUUUUGUGAUUGUGGCGAUCGCAUGGGAACGUGAUCUACGUGGACGACCACAAUACUAUUUGAUAUUCUCAUUGGCGGUAGCGGAUCUAGUGGUUGGUCUCAUUGUAACACCGUUAGGUGCUUGGUCGACGGUGGCUGGUGAAUGGAGAUUCGGCAUGACGUUGUGUGAUUUUUGGAUUUCCGUCGAUGUUAUCGUAUGUACCGCUUCAAUACUGCAUUUAGUGGCAAUCGCACUUGACAGGUACUGGUCGAUCACAGAUGUAAGCUAUGUACAAAAUCGUACACCUAAGCGAAUAGUGAUAAUGUUGGCGAUCAUCUGGAUGACGUCACUGUUGAUCAGUUUGGCACCGUUUGCCGGCUGGAAAGACGACGGUUUCAAGGAUCGUGUGCUUCGUCAACAUGUUUGCCUAAUGAGUCAACAGAUUAGCUAUCAGGUGUUCUCGACUGCCACCGCCUUCUAUAUUCCGCUCAUAGCUAUCAUAUGCGUAUAUUGGAAGAUUAUGAGAGCAGCAAAAAAGAGGUUUAAAAGAGAACGAGAUCGACGUACCGUAAUUCGUCCACCGAACGAUCAAGGAAAUGAAAAAACGGCACCGCUUAUUCUUAAAAAGAACAAGAAGACUCCUUCCCCUCCAACACUAGUAACUCAUGUCGAAAGAAGUGAAGAAUAUAAAAACAAAAAGGGAGUAACAGUCGAAUCCUCGACAUCAACUCAAUCCGAGGAGGAUCAUGCCCAUAGCACUAUUAAUCAUGGUUUUCCUGAACAAGAAACUAAGUUGGACGACAUGAUACAACAAGGAAACGGGAAACCAAUGAGACCAAUGGUUGGGAAAAGAAAGAGACGAUCAAAAGAGACGGCAGAGACGAAACGAGAGCGAAAAGCAUGGCGAACACUAGCUAUUAUCACGGGUACUUUUGUUGCUUGCUGGACGCCGUUCUUCCUAGUCUCAUUAUAUCGCCCCGUUUGUAGAUGUACCAUUCCACGACCACUCGAAACAAUCACUUCUUGGCUAGGUUAUCUAAACUCAGCGCUGAAUCCGAUCAUCUACACGGUAUUCUCACAGGAUUUUCGUGCCGCCUUUAAAAAGAUCAUUAAAAGGCUUUGUUUACUCAAGGAAUACUAA